UCGUCGUCGUUGGAGUGGUCGCACUCUGGAAGCUGCGCUAUAUUUACCUCGUGUUGUAGAUGCGCAGACGCAGGUGUUCGAUGUCAUCGACCGUGGUGGUGCGAGAGUUCCUGGAUAUAUAAAUUGAGAGAUCGACGCUGCCGGAGUAGGAUCAGUACCAAGCUCUCAGUUCUUUACAACGUUACCAUUGUCGAACUUCGACCAUCCCAUCGAGAAUCCAACGAUCAAAGCCACCCCUCCAGACCGCCGCAAACCCAAACAGCGAACAUGAAGCUCGCUAUCGUCGCCGCCCUCUUCGCCGUCGCGCUUGCCUCUCCAAAGGACCCAUACCCGGCUCCUUGCGGCCGCUCCGAUCCAUCCGGUAUCUGCACGACCAAGCCGAAGUGCUACGAUUUGGGCGGUUUCUGGGUCCAAAGAGACUGCACCUUCUACAACGUCUUGGACAUUGGGUGCUGCUACGACAUCCCCUCGAAGGAGUAAAGUUGGGAAAGGAAGCGAGCGGACAAGGGGGCCUUGGUCCAGGAGAUGAGUGAAUCAACAGACAAAACAACAGAAGAGACUAGCCAUGAAAUCGAGACAA